AUGGAGGGCUUCGGCCACUUCUCCGCGAGGCCCUACCCGGACCCCUGGGAGUCCCCGCUGCCCCGCGGAGAUCUCAAGUCCUCCGAGAGGCUGUGCGGGCCCCAGACUGAGCCCAUGAGGGGCUCCUGGACCGGGACUCUGGGCGAGUGGGGCGAGGCUACGGCACCCUGGUCAUCCCCGCGCAGCUCACCCACCCCGCGGCCUUGCCGGCCCCGGUCCCCUGACUCGCCUCGGGAAAGUCGCCACCAGAGAGAUGUGGCCCGGAGGCCCCAGGACCGCGCCAGGAAGCACCGGACCCGCAGCAGGCGCCUGGAAGAUGCCUGGGGGGAGCCAAGGACCCAGCCCCAGUCGCUGGGGAGCUGUGGGCACAGCCCGGCCUGGCCGCAGCAGUCCCAGGUGUCACCCCAACUGCCCCAGCCCAGCCAGUACUACCCUCCUGCCCACGGAGAUUCACCUUCGCCAUACCCCGAGGGCACUUACACGCCCCUGAGUGGACCCUUGGGGGCAGAAAAUGGGCAGAGUGGAGACCCGUGGGCAGUGCCGGUCUACAGAGGUCUAGAUCGCUGGUCCCUCUCCUCACUUCCCACCGAGAAGUCUCCUGCACCCGCCCAAGAGUUCAGGACGCUGUCCGCUUGUGUGUACACCCCGAAGCGGGACGGUAGUGAGCGCGUGGCGUCAUUAGCCAGCCAGUACUCCCAGCCCUCAGUCUCCAGCAAGGAGAUGCAGAGCCAGCACACUCAGAUUCUCAAGAACAAGUUGGAAGAGGCAGUAAUGUCCUCCAGAGACCAGAAGAUUGUGGCUCUGGUGCUCACCCGACUCAAGAAGGCCCAGAGGAUGCGCGAGCUGCAGCAGCAGGCGGCCGUAGCCUGGGAGGAGCUGAAGCUCUCGGAUCAGAAGGUCCAGAUGACCCUGGAGAGGGAGCGCAAGCUGCUGCUGCAGCAGAGCCGGGAGCAGUGGCAGCAGAAGGAGCAGCGCAAGGCUCACCUGAGCUGGGAGCAGCGUGUCCCACGGCCGCGGGACAGCCAAGCCAAGAACACCGUCCAGCAAGAGAACCAAUGCAAGGUGCAGUCGGAGGACCGGGACACACAGCCCCAGGAGAAGCUGGAGAGGCCCUGCCCCGAGGCCGAGGCCAGGAAGCAGUGCCAGGUGCAGCGCCGGCAGGAGCAGGAGAAGAUGCUGCAGGCCCAGCGGGAGCAGAACAGCCUAGAGCUGCAGAAGAAGCUGGAGCAGGCCUGUCACAAGAAGCAGCUGCACAUCACCGAGGGCCAGAAAAAGGUCCAAGAAGCCAAUCUCAGCUCCCUGGUCAAUUACCAAGCCCGGAAGGUCCUCAUGGACUGCCAGGCCAAGGCCGAGGAGCUCCUUAGGAAGCUGUCCCUGGAACAGAGUUCCCAGCGGUCCCAAGAGAUCCACCAGAGCCUGAUUAAGGAGCGUCACCGAGAGCUGAGGGAGAAGGCCCGGAAGGAGGAGCAGCAGUUCCAGCAGGUCAAGUGGCGCGCGGAAGAGUCGGAGGAGCAGAAGGUGGUGCACAAGCGGCUGCUGGUGGAGCUGGCGGAUCAGAAGAUCCGGCAGGCCAGGGGCAAUGUCCGCAAGAGCAUCAGGGACAAGGCGCAGCACGUCCGAGAGCUCAACAUCCUGCGGGAGAAGAACCAUCACAUCCUGAAGCUGAAAGCCGAGAAGGAGGAAAAGUGCCACGUCGAGGGCAUCAAGGAAGCCAUCAGGAAGAAGGAGCAGAGGAUGGAGCAGAUCGCCCGCGAGAAAGAUGCCACCUUGGAGGAAUUCCAGAAGAUCUCCCGGGCCUCCAGGAGAGACGACGUGAGAGCCCUUACCAACAGCUUCUUUGAUCAGAUGGCGCAGGAGGCCCAGCGCCAGGCGGGUCAGCAGAGAGGGGGCUACUGA